GGUGGCAAGCAUGGUGCCCGGUCGUACGCACGGCCAGUGCAGGAAUCGCUACAUAUACCACUUUGACCAGCAGUUUGUCUCGGGGCCGUUCACUUCGGAUGAGGACCGCACGCUGCUGCAGCUGGUGCAGAAGUACGGAGCUGGCCACUGGGCCAUGGAGGAACGGGGCAUGCCCUGGCGUGCACCCAACACACUGCUGAAGCGCUACCGGCGACUAUGCGAGACUCUGUGCACCAAAGAGCCCACAGUGGCUGACCUGGAGCGCUUCCUGGCGGUACCCGUGGCUCGCAUGACUGCGGUGCGAUGUGCCAGUCUGACAAGAAUGGACUAGCGCAUGGACCUGUACCAGCGCAUCAGAUGCUUCCUCAACACAGAUGUCAUGAAGCGUGCCAUCUUUUCGCUGGUCAAGGUAGCCACGGCCACCUUUUUUGCCUGUUUGGAAUGACGGAGACAGAAUAUAG